AUGGCUUCGGAUUCCCGGACUCACGAGCGAAAUGCACAAAGCAAACCAAAAUCUAUUUCUUCCGAUGAACCUGAGACCUCGGACUCUCUACCUGAGUCCUCUCCGAAACCUGUUCGAAGGCAAUCAAGCGUUCGUUUUUCCGAAGACAGCAAGAAGCAUUCUCAAUCUCCAAUGUCGAGCCACCGCCGAACACCAGCAGACUCAGAUGAGAUCACACCUAUUCGAAGUGCAGACGGUCACGCCAGUCGAAGGUACAAUACCGAGUCAGCUCCGUCUCCGUCUCCCUCUACGGACCCGGCCGAGGCCUCGGAAGACGAAGGACGGGGUGAUAAUAAGCAAAAGCCUACAUGGUGGAGAGGUAUUGCAGACAAGUACGGCUCCGUCUCUCUAGAGAACAAAGGCUCGGUCGCCAGGGAUCACCUGGCUCUGGAACGAACAUUUUUGGCAUGGUUACGGACCAGCCUAGCGUUCGCAAGCAUAGGGAUUGCCAUCACACAAUUGUUCCGACUCAACACCAACCUACAGAGCCGUCAAAACUCCAUCUCUGCCCUCUCAGCAUGCUCCAAUGUCCCGUUCUCGCCAUUGGUAGCACAGUCACUCCCUCCGGAGUUGUUGCCAUACAUACAAGAACUCGUGGUGUCCGCUGUAGGUACUGCUUCCCCGUCAGUGCCAACUCUGGGACCUACACUCCUCGAUCAACUAUUGCUGCUUGGCCCCCCCGAUGAAAAUGGUCAUCAGGUGCGCCAUGCUGGUGUCAUUCAUGCCACAGCAUUUGACGAAGAGAAAGCCGCUAGGCUCCGCCAUAUUGGAAAGCCACUUGGUGCAACAUUUCUGGGCAUCUCUAUCGUGAUACUGUUUAUUGGGUUCCACCGUUAUUUCGAAUCGCAGCACUGGAUCAUGAGAGGCAAAUUUCCUGCCAGUCGUGGAAGUAUCUUUAUCGUGGGCUUCCUAACCGGAUCCCUGAUAAUCGCGAGUUUAGCGGUAGUCCUUGCUAUUGCGCCGACCAGUUUUGAGAAGAAGUGA